GUCACGGAAGCACUCGCCAACUCCCAUAGUUUUGUCUUGUAUGAAACGAGAAAUCCUGAUUGGUAGAGACUCCAAACUAUGAAAUGACGAAAAGAGAGCCACUGCUUGUCUUUGGACGCCCUGGAGCUGCAGUCCUGUUUCCUAGUGAGGCCCGGCGGUUUCGGCUGUUCGGUACGCAGUGACAUUGGGUGCAACGUCCUAUUUACAGUCUCAUAGUAGCGAUGUAGGACAUGGAGGGUUAUGGUCUAGCUUGUGUCACUCGCAACUAAAAAUACUAAGCCUGAAAUGUUUAGACACAGCCUUCCUGGACAAAAGUCGCCUAGCUGGAUCAACUGGCGGAUAUAAGGGAUAACAUGAUAUGGAUGGUGAUGUUGUGCACUUCAUUGUUGAAUGCUAACGAUCAUUAAAUGAAGCGCGAUUUGAGACAAUGCCGAUGUGGUAUAGGAGAGAAAUCGAUGUGGCUUUUGCCAAUGCAUCGCUAUGUGCUGUCCAGCCUCUUUUCGACGACGCUGCCAUCCAAGUUGAAUGCAUCUCAUCUGUUGAAAGCAAAAGGCGCACCACGCAGGGCUGGUUUACAUAAGAGUCCGUUCGCAAAAAUAGCCUUAUGUUUGAUCACCAUGUAAACGCCGUGCAUGCUACCCGUUAGAGACAUGGAAACCACCUCUCGGCGACGUGAUGCGACGCUGUGUUCGGACCGUCUGCCGCCAAGCGUCUCUUGCGGGUUACAAGCGACGACAAAACCUUAAAAUAUAACUUUUCGAGUGAUGACAAUAAUCAAAAAUCGUCUACAUCAACUUGGCCGCCUGAUUUGAGACAUUCUUGGCACUAGCCUUUCCCGCUUGCCUUGUGUCCGUGGAGCGGGAUAUAUAAGAUGUGAUUCCCGUCCAAGAUGGGCCUCUAAAUUUCCUAUCAUCGAGCAAACAAAGUAUAUCCUCUUACAGACUAAUACAUCUGUUAAUCCAAGAUGCACGCUUCUCUGGCCUCUCUUCUUGUGGCCGCCCUGGCUGGCUCAGCUGCUGCUGCUCCUCAGCAGCAAGACCAAGAGCCUGAGGUCUACAACGCUGACAACCUCAACACGGAUACAAGCCCCUUCGCUAUUGAGAUGCCUGAGCUUCAGAGCAUUAAGAUUGCUCAGCACGAUGAGGAGCGCGCUGCCGGUACCUUUGAUAUGGACAAGUACCCCGAGCAGGCUGCCACCAAGUGCAAGAACGGCAAGGCCGGUCCCUACUCGUGCAAGAACAUCGAUCUUAAGGGUUUCUUGCGCCACCAGGAUAUGGGCACCAAGCUUCUUCAGGGCAAUGACGUCUGGGGUUGGACCUCUGAGGAAGGCCGCGAGUUUGGUAUUGUUGGCCAGGUCAACGGUACCGCCUUUGUUGAAGUCAUGGACAACGGUAGCCUCCGCUAUAUGGGCCGCCUGGAUACCCAGACCACCAACAGCACCUGGCGCGAUGCCAAGGUCAUUGGUGACCACGCCUACAUUGGCUCCGAGGCCCCCGGCCACGGUGUUCAGGUUUUUGACUUGAACAAGCUCCUUGAUAUUGACCCCAAGAAGCCCAAGGUCUUUAGCACCAAGAAGGAUCUUGCUUCUCACAUCAACUUCUUUGGCAGCAGCCACAACAUUGUUGCUAACGAGAAGACUGAUCUCAUUAUUGCCGUUGGCACUAGCAAGAAGGAGAACGCCCAGUGCGCAGGCGGUCUUUGGAUGAUUGACGUCAAGAACCCCAAGAAGCCUAAGGAUCUCGGCUGCUUUGGCGAGGACGGUUACUCCCACGAUGCCGAAUGUGUUAUUUACAAGGGUCCCGAUAAGCGCUACAAGGGCCACGAGAUUUGCUUCGGUUACAACGAGGACACUCUCACCGUUGUUGACAUCACUAAGCGCAAGAGCCCCAAGCUGCUGUCCCGCACUACCUACAUUGGCGCUUCUUACACUCACCAGGGCUGGCUCGCUACCGACGACAUGUCUUUCCUCUUGCUCGACGAUGAGAUUGAUGAGAUUGCUAAGCGCGGCCCCGCCAAGGAUGGCAAGACGGCCACCUACAUUGUCAACAUUAAGAACCUUGAGCGUCCCAUCUUUGAGGGUGUUUAUAAGAGCCCCGUCAAGGCUAUUGACCACAACCAGUACGUCAUUGACGGUCUUGCCUACCAGUCCAACUAUGCCUCUGGUCUUCGCGUCGUCGAUGUCAGCACUAUUAAGGAGGAUCCUACUGGCCGCCACUUUGAAGAGGUUGGUUUCUUCGAUGUCCACCCCGAGGAUGACAAGGAUGGUGCUAUCAAGUUUGUUGGUGCCUGGUCCGUCUACCCUUACUUUGAGUCUGGCCAUAUUCUGAUCAACUCUAUUGAGCGUGGUGUCUUUUCCGUCAAGUUUGAUGAGGACUGGUGGCACAACGACGAGUAUGGUCUUAAGCACACUCAGCCCUUGAAGGCUCUUGGCAAGAAGGCCUCUUCUGCCAUGUAAACCGGUUUUGAGGGUAUUAAUUGGCUUAAAAAGCAGUGGAUUUUGGAAUCCCAGGCAAUCUGCUGAUAACUUUUUCCUUUGUCUUUUUUCUUCUCUGUCGUGUACUCGUACGGUAUUUUGCUAUACGUGAGGGUAUAUAGUUACAUAUUAUAAUAAAUAUGUGUGUUUUAAA